AUGGCAGAGUGCAAGCUCGACGCUGUGGAGGACCUCCCAGUUACCGACGACCUCCCUUCGACCCAGAUCCUUGCCGAAGCGGCCGACAUCGAAGUCCUGGAUCACAAAGGACAGCCGCACCUUUUCCGAUCGGUCUAUGACGGGGAAGAAACGUCCUCAAGGGUUGUAGUGGUCUUCAUCCGCCACUUCUUUUGCGGGGCAUGUCAAUCGUACACUGAGCUCCUCUCCUCCACCGCGACGCCUGCUCUACUUUCUACCCUCCCUGUGUCCACCACUUUUGUCAUCGUCGGCAAUGGCGAGCCUGCUCUCAUCAACGAGGAGGCUCUUUGA